CAGAAGAUGGCAGGAGUGUACUGUACAAUACAGUUGGUGUUCGUAGUCUCGCGAGGAAGGAGUGAGGGAGUAAAGAUGGCGGCCUCCUUGGUUAGAUUUGUCCGCAGCGGUUUGGCCAGAAGUCUAAACGUUGCUAGACAGAGUGCGGCUCUUGGCCAGACAAGAACCACAACAACUGAGACUAGACCUACUGUAAGGCCCAAGGAUCUGGUCACCCACACUCAGCUUUCACAGUUUGGGGAAUAUAUUGCAGAGAUACUUCCCAAAUACGUCCAGCAAGUCCAGGUGACCUUUUAUAAUGAGCUGGAGAUAAUGAUCCACCCAGAAGGAGUUAUCCCUGUUCUUACUUUCAUGAGGGAUCAUACAAAUGCUCAGUUCCGUAACAUGAUUGAUCUUACAGCUGUGGAUGUGCCUACAAGACAGUGCCGCUUCGAGAUCGUGUAUAAUCUGCUUUCUCUGCGCUAUAACUCUCGUAUCCGUGUGAAGACCUACACUGAUGAACUGACCCCUGUAGAUUCAUCUGUCCCUGUGCACCAGGCAGCUAACUGGUAUGAGAGGGAGGUUUGGGACAUGUUUGGAGUCUUCUUCUCAAACCAUCCAGACUUGAGACGCAUUUUAACGGAUUAUGGAUUUGAGGGUCAUCCAUUCAGAAAAGACUUUCCAUUGUCUGGAUACGUGGAGGUACGUUAUGAUGAUGAAGUGAAGCGUGUUGUGGCUGAACCUGUUGAGCUUGCACAAGAGUUCCGUAAGUUUGACUUGAACAGUCCAUGGGAAGCGUUCCCUGCAUACCGGGAGCCCAAAGAAUCACCCAAGCUGGAGUCUGGAGACGAACCAGCCAAGUAACCUCACAUCAACAUUGUGAGCUGGUAAAGCUCUAAUCACACCCUCAGAUGAAUCCACCUAACAUAUUUAUGUAAAUAAAAAGAACAUGUACUAGAUCCAAAUAAAAAAUAUAAAAAAACUCCUGCCUUCAUCUUAUUUAUUUAAAUUGUUUUUCAUUUAUACAGAAUUAUUAUUAUUCUGUAUCAUUAUUAUGCGAACAUGAUGGUCAAACAUUUUGCUUGUUCUGUAAUAGAAAAAACAAAACAAUUUUGGCAUUCUGUGAAGCUUUAAACAAUAAAAUGUGCUACUGCUAAGUUAAACUUGGAUUUAUUUCUGUUGUGGUUCUGCAAAGGACAUUGUUGUUAUACAGUUACUUGAUAAUAAUCCAUUCUUGCAAUAUGCUUUAAGGAUGGUUUACUACAGUGGUUUGUGCCGUAGGAAGGUCGAAACGAUGAAAUAAAU